AUGGCCCACUUUGUUUUGGCGCUUAAUGCUUAUAGGUCGAAACAGAACCCGCCAAACGACAAUUCAGCAGCCACACUCUCCCGCCAUACGACGACGUUCAGUAUAUUAUCUCGUACGAAUAACUGUAAAUUCGUUCAGAGCACAGGGGCAUUAUCGUCAUACGAGCACCUCGCCGCCGCAGAUCGGAAAACCAUGUCGGAGCCGGAGAAAAUGGAGGCGAUCAAGAGAGCGUACGCGGAAAUGAUACUCAACACGGCGAAGGAGGCGGCGGCGCGUGUGAUGGCCGCGGAACUGAGAUCCCGGCGAUUGGAACACGACUUGGUUUCCACUAAAGACGAGGCCGCUCGAAUGCUGCUUUAUUUGAAGCAAUCGAUCGACACAAAGACUAAGGAAGUGGAUAUUACAUCACUGAACCAAAAGAAUAAAAUUCAUGAGCUGGAAUCUCAGCUAAAUGAAGCAGAAGGCAUCAUAAUAGACCUCAGGGCCGAACUUAACUCGGUGCAUGAGCAACUAGACGAGACCAAGAACAAAAAUCUGCAUGUUUCAACACGAGUUGAAAAUACAGAAAUAUUGGAAAGGGGCAUUCUCAAUCGAGAUUUUCCUUAUCAAUCUAAACAUAGUGCGAAAGUCAAUCUCGAUUUGGCCAAAUCAAAUGUCGUCACUAAUUCGACUGGUAUUGAGAAUGUGAAUGCUGUUAGUGGUUCACAAGCUGUAGAAGAAAGAGCUGAGUGUGGGGAAAAUGAAGGUAUCUCUAUAGUUCGUCGAAGUUCGAGAAAAAGAAAAGUUAAGUUCUUGGAUGAUUUUAUUACUGUGUGUGGAUUGAGGAAAAAGUGUGUAAAAUCAGGUGAGAGUCGGAUCAAACCGGAAGAUGGAACUUGAGUUGAUGAGAGAGUGUUGGUUUUAUUCAACUCAAGUGUGCAAAAAAGCCAACGUUGAUUAAUUAGAAAAACAAUAUUAAUAUUGUUAUUCUGUUGUAUUUGUUUAACCGAUAUGAAUAAUUUCAAAUUGAAAUGUCAUCCUACAAAAUAAUAUAAUUUAAAAAUAUGA